CACCAUGAGCAAACAUGAAGACUUGUGGGAGAGGCUUGACACGGAGUUUGAUCAUUUGCUCCUAGACAUGAAACCGUUUGUUCUCAAGCAUCCCAGCAAAACAGAACGCCAGUGUUGUGCCAUUUGGAUAAAGAAGCUGUGUGACCCUACGAUAUGUGGUUCAGUUCUGAUGGAUCGAAAGAACCGCAACAUGUAUGCCCGGUUGAUGCUUUGUAUGCUCAAACGAGGCAACCUGGAGGCCCCUUUUACCACCAAGCCAGAACCUGGGAAGCUCAAGACACUCCCUGCUUACAUGUCCAUCUACUUUGACGAACCUGUGAGCAGUCGACGUAUGGAGCAGAGCAACAGAGGUCUUCCUCACUGGGUGACAGGAGAGCUCAGUAGUUUGACUGAAGAAAGUUUAACCAUGGAUCUUAAGAACCAACCCAGUUCGACUCCCAUCGCUGCUCAUCACAGGAGGAUGCUGUUUGAGGAGAAGGUAAUUCCUAAACCAACGUCCUCCAGUCCACAAAAGCAGGGUUCCACAAAAGAUGGAAGAAGGGUGGAUGGGCUGCUCAAAGCAAACGCGUCUUGCGAUGACAGUGACCUGGAGGCUUGCCUUAACAGCUGGAACCUUGGGAUUGAAAACCCCAGGUAUUUGAGGGAGAAGCCCAUUCCCUUACUGUCACCAAUUUUGAAGUCAAGCUUUGAGCGGAAUAGUGCCUUUAACUAUGAACAUGGCCUACAAAGCAAAGAGACAGAGAUGAAGAUCAAAGUGUUGGAGGCCAAGCACCAGGAGGAGAAACUGAAGAUGCAGCAAAGACAUGAUGCAGACGUUGAAAAGAUUCUGGACCGCAAAAACCACGAGAUAGAAGAGAUAAAAAGUGUGUAUCGGGCUAAGCAGAAGGAAUCCGAGGAGAUGAUCCGCUCACUCGAGAAGAAAGUUCAAAGUGUUCUGCGGGAAUCCCAGGUCAUCUGUGAAAGUAAAGAGAAGCGGAUAGUGGAGCUGAAGAAGAUCUCAGAUCAGAGUGCCGAGUCUAUAAAAAACGAGUGGGAGAAGAAGUUCCAUGCGGCUGUGGCAGAGAUGGAGCAGGAGAAGUUUGAAAUGCAGAAGAAGCACACUGAAAGCAUCCAGGAGCUGCUGGACGACACCAACCGAAGGCUGGCUAAGAUGGAGUCUGAGCACAAGGCUCGUUCUCAGGCCACUGAGCAAAGGGUGCAGGAGAUGGAGCUGCGGGUAAAGCAACAGUCGGUGGAAAUGGAGAAAGGCAACGAGCUACGGCAGACAGUGACUCAGGAGAAGGCCCGGUUGGAGCUCCACGUCGCCUCCCUCAGUGCUGAAUUACAGGAAGCCAACAAGCGGAUUGUGAUGCUGCAGAAGGAGAAAGAACAGCAGAGCGAUCAACACGAGGAGAACGUGAUGAGGCUCCAAGCCAAACACGAGACAGACAUCAGCCACCUACAUCAGGAACAUGCUCUGUCUGCUGCUAAGGCUUCUGAAAUUAUAGAGGAUUUGGAGAAGAAUGUGGCACAGUUCAAGCAGCAGCUUCAGGAAAGCGAGUAUAGAAGACACCAACAAGUUAGGGAUCAGGAGAUGAAGUUCCAGCAAGAGAAGGACGAACUGCAGGCUAGCUGUGACAAAAAGGUGUUGGCAGUUCAGAGUGAGGCUGAGAGGGAGAAAAUGGAGGCCAAGAGGAAGAUAGCCAAACUAGAAGAUGAACUAAGGGAGAUGGAGAGCCAGCUGGACAGGGCGAGACAGAGCCAAAGACAGCAGAUCCAGCAGGCCGAUUUGGCACUGGAGCAGUUCAAGAAACAGGUGGAGCUCAGCUCUGAGAAGGCCUAUGCUGACAUGAAACUCCAGAUGGAGAAGGUAGAAGAGGACCUGAUCCGCUCCAAAACCCUAAGAGAGAAACAGGCCAAGGAGUUCUCUCAGCAGCUUGAUGCACUGAGACAGAAAUACGAGCAGCAGAUGGCUGAGCAGCGCGUGCAGCACGAGCAGGAGAGGAUGCGGCUACAGCAGCAGCACAGCGCGGAAAAGGAGAACCUGGUCCAGGAGCACCAGCGGGAGGCGGGCAGCCUGGAGAGGCAGGCCAGGGCCACCCUGCAACAACACCAGCAACACGCUGAGGAGUGGAGGAAGCGCGAUGCCCAGACAAUUUCUGAUUUGGAGGCCCAGGUAUCCAGUUUACAUGAGGAGCUCCAGAAGGUCCACGCCCUGCACAAGCAAAAGCUGGCAGAGAUGGCGUUACUUCAGGAGGAGGAGAGGCAAACGGCAGCCCUCAAUAAGGAGGCAUCGAUGCACCAGCUGCGCUCCGACAUGGAGCGGAUUGCCAAAGACCUGAAGAGGAGCCACCAGCAAGAGAUGGAUGCCACUCUGAAGAAGACAAACAGCAGGUUGAAGCAGAUUGAGAAGGAGCACAGUCAGAAGCUUGCCAAGUCUGCCCAGGUAAUCAGUUUCCUUUCUCCUGCCUUCUUCUGACCUUCCCUUCGUUUAAUAUUUCUCUUUUCC